UCUCAGCGCUGCCUUGGAGAGCUGUGCCCGCACCUCCGUGAAGAUGGCUGCAGCCGUGUUGUUGGCUGCAGGUUUGCACGCGGCGCGCAGAGCCGUGACGGCUGCGGGGCCCCGGGGGACGCAGGUCCAGGGUGCUGCAAGUUUGACUAAUGGGAAUGAAGUGGCCAAGGCCCAGAAGGCAGCUCCUGGAGGAGCAGCACCAACCAUCUUCUCCCGGAUUCUGGACCGAAGCCUCCCAGCUGACAUUCUAUAUGAGGACCCACAGUGUCUCGUAUUCCGUGAUGUGGCCCCUCAGGCUCCUGUGCAUUUCCUGGUGAUUCCUAAGAAGCCUAUUCCUCGGAUUAGUCAGGCUGAAGAAGAAGACCAGCAGCUUCUAGGGCAUCUACUCCUUGUGGCCAAAAAGAUAGCACAGAUUGAGGGCCUGCAAGAUGGAUACCGACUUGUGAUCAAUGAUGGAAAGCUGGGUGCACAGUCUGUAUAUCACCUACACAUUCACGUACUUGGAGGCCGACAGCUCCAGUGGCCUCCAGGUUAAACCUGCCAACUGACAAAGGACCCCAGAUGUUUGGAUGGGGAAGGGAAAAGGGAACCCUGUAAUGAUGAUAAUAAAUCCAGUGUAUCUCAA